AUUUGUAUCAGCGCCUUCAUAUAUCAUGUCUUGCUUGGUCAUCUGUGUAGUCUGAAACAGUAUUGAUGAUUCUAUCGGUGACCUCUGUGAUGCAAACGAUUGCGAUUGGCUACAUCUGGAGGUUAGAAAUGGAGACUUUUAAUCAGAGACUUAACACCUUCAUAGACUCAUGGAUGGGUCCCAGAGAUGAGAGGGUUCGUGGAUGGCUGCUGCUGGAUAACUACCCUCCCACCUUUGCACUGACCGUGAUAUACCUGCUGAUCGUAUGGGCGGGUCCAAAGUUCAUGAGACACAGGCAGCCACUGUCUUGCCGCGGUUUCCUGGUGGUCUACAAUCUGGGCCUGGCGCUGUUGUCCCUCUAUAUGUUUUCGGAGAUGGUGUCUGCUGUGUGGGUCGGGGGUUAUCAUUUCUACUGCCAGGACACGCGCAGUGCAGGAGAAGCAGAUACUAGGAUCAUACAUGUCCUGUGGUGGUACUACUUCUCCAAGCUCAUAGAGUUUAUGGACACCUUCUUCUUCAUCUUACGGAAGAACAACCAUCAGAUUACCUUUCUGCACAUCUACCACCAUGCUAGCAUGCUCAACAUCUGGUGGUUUGUCAUGAACUGGGUGCCCUGUGGUCACUGCUACUUUGGUGCAUGCUUGAACAGCUUCAUCCAUGUUCUGAUGUACUCCUACUAUGGGCUCUCUGCCAUCCCGACAAUGCGGCCUUACCUUUGGUGGAAGAAGUACAUUACACAAGGACAGCUGAUUCAAUUCUUUUUGACCAUGACCCAGACAAUCUGUGCAGUCAUUUGGCCGUGUGGUUUCCCCAAAGGUUGGCUGUAUUUCCAGAUAUCCUAUAUGGUCACACUUAUUGCUCUUUUCUCAAACUUCUAUAUUCAGACCUACAAGAAACGCAGUGUUUCACAAAAGAAGGAGUGUCAUCGGAAUGGCUCCGCUUCUCCGUUGAAUGGCCAUGUCAGUGGGGUUACACCCAUUGAAACCAUUACGCACAGGAAAGUGAGGGCGGACUGAAGCUGGAGUGACCUCACAAUCCUAACCGUUUUACAUAUCUACCUAUAUAAUGUUGCUAAGGGAAAUGUAUGACUCAUCAUGACGACGUGCCAGGAGAGACAAGCAGGUUUAUUCAGAAGAGACAAAAAAAGCCAUACUUAUCUGAGGAGAUUCCAAAAGUUUUGCACACCUGUUAUUAUUCAUAUUGAAUCAAAUUUAAUUACAGCUAAUUAACAAGAAUAGCAGAAGGAAUACAGAACAGGAGAGUAAAGUAGCUCCAAAGACACAUUUCCUGUUAAUGCUGCAAUGUUAGUUUUAAUUAUACGUAUAUCCUUUGUUCCUUUGUUUUUGAAUUCACUACAUAUGCACGUAUCUACAUGCUUUUCCAUUAGGAUACGAUUUUGUAAAAGGUACCGUCUAUCUCAAAUGACCCCCGGAAUGUUAUUACAGUCAGGUCCUAUUUAGCAUUAACCUUUAGUUGUUUCUUUUUUCAAACCAUGUAACUACCAUGUGCAUAGGAGACAAUGCUGUCCCAGUGAAUAUAUUCAUUGAAUAACUUUAUCUAGUGAGUAUGGCAAAUCUCCGUAGAGAGGUUCAUCUUGAUUGUAUGCAUUGCAAAUGCGUUACUCAGGAGUGCUAUAGUUCAAAACCAGUUGCAAUAAUAGUUUGACUAUAUCAGUUGAUCAGGUUUGGAAAGUAUUUUGCCAUCAAAUGGCACUUGUGUCAGAACAACGAGUUCUGUGAACGAGAUUUGUGUUUUAGGUGUUGCUUUAGAUAUUGCUAUUGUAGUAGCAAAAGUUUACAUACAAGGACAUUUUAUGAGAUCACCAACCCCUGGUGGACAGAUGCAGGUAGCAAAUUCAAAAUCUGAAGGAAUUAUGUGAGUUUGACGUGUGUGACAGGACUCUGAGCCUAGGUCCUCUCUAGGUUUCUUCCUAAAAUUCGGCCUUCUUAGUGAGUUUUUCCUAGCCACGGAAAUUCAACACUACUGUUGUUUGCUCCUUGGGGUUUAAGGCCGGGUGUUUCUGUAAAAGCACUUGACAACUGCUGUUGUAAAAAGGGCUUUAUAAAUACAUUUGAUUGAUUGAUUGACAUUAUAACAGCCCAUUGCUAGUAGCUACUACACAAGACAAUUCCCCUACUAUAGCAAGUUCGUUUGUUUAUAUCUAAUAAUUUCCCAUUGUAAAAUAUUCAUGACAAACGUUAUUGCAGCAUAUUAUACUGCAGAAAUUAUAGUGUCAUGUAUUGCAUUCAAAAUAGUCUGUUGAAAUACAUUUGUCCUCUCAAAAAUCUGAAUUAAGCCCCCCUGAAACAUACAUUCUGACGUUGUCAGUGUCUCUCUGCACCAGUCAUCUCAGUAAUUAGAAUGAUCUAUAGGUCUACACUUUCAAUUUCAACCUCCACUCAAUGGAAUGCAGAAAUAAUGAACGAAUACCGUACACAGAUGUGUACACUAAACUUAAAAGUAUUUAACAUAGUUUAUACAGUAUGCAUGUUUCAUGCCGUAUUUUAAAGAAACUAUUCACUCUUACACUCGUGUUUGUUUCACUAAUUAGAUUAAAAUCACGCUACACACCACAAUCUAACACCACAACGUGUGAUAUGUGUCAGUUGAGCUUUCUCCAAGCGCUGUCCUUAACAAUGUUGCUACUGAUGUUUAAAAAUGGUAAACUUGCUUCCUUAAAGGUAGACUCGGCUAAAUAACGUAAAUGCAGAAGUAAACAGCAUAAUGGUUCAUUUUCGUCAUCAAGCAUUAAACAUCUAUGCUCUACUUUGUCUCAGCUUCUGUCCUGUGACUAUAUGCUGUAGAAGCAUUAAAUGAACCUGUACCCAUGCAAAGAUACUGUAUAACUGUGUGAUAACGAAGUCAUGCAUAUUCCCUGUCUAAAUAUUUGCUGUGUGGCUGAAGGUAUCGUUUCUCUUAAAUCUGCUUUUAUACUACAUACGGUGUCGUGGUUGAAUACUCCUUUCUGAUUGGCUUGAAGGCAUUCUAGAGCAUGCAUAAUUUCUGCACUGUAUAUCCACGAGGUAGAUUUGAUAGCCACGGCGUUCUUCAAGCCAGCUAGUUUGGUUAAGAUGAAUAUUCUAGCUGGAAAAUACUUGCUAGCUACAAUAUUUUUUUCUUACACACACACACACACACACACGGGCUGUCCGUGUUUACCCUAAUUAUUGUAGUCCAUAUAUGCCUUAAUCAUAAAACACAGGAGCCAAAUUAUCAACUUCUGUUGUAGGCCAACCAAAAAAAAAAAAAAUUAUACUGAUUGAUCUUUUAAACAAUCACAUUAGCUCUUUUCACACCAGAUAUUUUUCAGAGCUGAUCUGAUUAGUCCAGUCCAGUAGUUAAAAUGUUAGCAAUGGGUUGCCUGUCAAAAUGUAAUGCUUCGAAAGCCAUUUACAGCAACUAAUCUCUGAAACAUUGAAAUGCUUGUCUGUGUUAGCUAACUGAAUGAUUUUAUCAAGUAUUAAAAUGUGGUUGGAUGAAUGACUCAUUUUGAGAAACAGAAUUACGCAUGUAUGAACAGACAGAAAGAUCAGCUUUAUAUUGUAGUCUCUAGAAAUGUUUUCAGCUUUCCAACAAUGCAAAUAAAGCCAGUCGUGAAGCUUUUGCAUUUAUGAUGUCACAAAGAUUGCAAUUAAUAAAUUCUUGAAUGUUUCAUCUGUAUAUUCUUUGGCGUAUUUCAGGCAUUGUUUAAAGUUAACUAUGAAGUGACAGCCAGUAUUCCUCAAUUGUACCAGGAAAUCAGGAAAUCUGAUUUUAAUCACUUUGAAUUAAACAAAAUCUAUGUGGUUAAUGUUUAGAUUGUCACCUUUACUUUGAAGGAAUUUUCAGCAUUUUGGGUGUGAAACCGUACAAGAGUUGACCAAAAGAUGCCCAAAGAAGUAAGAACCCCAUGGUAACAUAAAUGGAUCUCAUUCCACAAUCAAUGUC